AUGCAGUUCCUCCAAGCAAUUCUCGCUUUCGUCGUUGUCUUCAGUGUCACCUUUUCAAGUGGUUGCCUCGUCUUCGAUGCCACAUGCAACAUCGGCACUUCAAAAAUCGUCGGAACUAUGACAGACAAUGGCCAAAAAACUUGCACGUUUAGCGGCAUAGUUGCCAAAGACAAGAAAUCUCUGUUUGCAUCUUGCAUCGAAGGCUUUGCAUCCUACAGUCGCUCCGAUCUAGAAAUCGCCGCUUACAGCAAUCGCGGAAACGAGCACUUAUUCCCUGUCGCAAAGGAGGUCCACUCGACAAAUCCCAGGAAUCAAUACUAUACUCUCUCGGCCCGAAUGAUGAAGCUUUUCCAAACACUUGCAGUUAUCUCCCUCUUCACCGUCGGCUACGCAUGCGUCAAGCUGGAUGGCAAAUACAACUGGGGUACUCACGACAUUAGCGCAACAAUUACAGACAACGGCAAAAAUACUUGCACUUACAGUGGCAAACUUCGCGACGCACAUCAAUUUCUCUCUUGUAUCCCUAGAUUUUCUGCCUUCAUUGAUGGAUCCUUAACCUGGGCUUCUUAUAGCAACAAUGGCAACAAGGGGACCAUUCGAAUCAUAAAAGAGACAACUGGGAAAGGGGCAGAUGGGAAUGGACUGGGCAAAGAUGAAUUUUUUCUUGCCGGACAAGCGUUUGGGUGUUAG